AUGGCUGUGGAGCAGGAGGUGCUUGGAUCAAACCCCAAAUGGAGUACUUGGCUGGAGUUUGGAGGUGGAGGAGGAGCAGAGAUCAAGGAGGGAGAGUGUACACCCUUCAGGGCAGAGGUGAGGGCUGGGAGGCAGAGUACAUACUUACCCUACCAUUUGCUCUCCCACUCUCUGCUCUUCCCCUCCUCUGGGUGCCCAUCCUCCUGUCUUCUCUUUUACACUCUCAGUAGGUUGUGCACCCACCUCUUCCCACCCCCUCUAUGUGCACAUCCUCUUCCCCUAGGUGGGCAUCCUCCUGAUUUCUCAGUCACACUCUUUGCACUGCAGGAUGUGCACCCACCUCUUCUCCUACCUACCUACCUAUCUCCCUCAUCCUGCACACUCCACCCACUACCACCACUGUUCCUGCACACUCCACCCACUACCACCACUGUUCCUGCACACUCCACCCACUACCACCACUGUUCCUGCACACUCCACCCACUACCACCACUGUUCCUGCACACUCCACCCACUACCACCACUGUUCCUGCACACUCCACCCACUACCACCACUGUUCCUGCACACUCCACCCACUACCACCACUGUUCCUGCACACUCCACCCACUACCACCACUGUUCCUGCACACUCCACCCACUACCACCACUGUUCCUGCACACUCCACCCACUACCACCACUGUUCCUGCACACUCCACCCACUACCACCACUGUUCCUGCACACUCCACCCACUACCACCACUGUUCCUGCACACUCCACCCACUACCACCACUGUUCCUGCACACUCCACCCACUACCACCACUGUUCCCUUCCUAUCCUGCACCCUACAACCACCACUGUUCCCUUCUUACCCCCUUUCUCCAGACUCUUGUUGGGUUUUGAUCCAAGCAGCUUCUGAUCCACAGAAGCAACCACUCAACCAAUUGAGCUACAGAGUCUCUUACAUCACUCUCUUUCCAUUACACCUUCAUACUGCUUCACCUGAACAGAGACAUAAGUUCUAAAAACACCCAGCAGAAAUUCUUAACACAUUUCUCACUCACCUCAGCCUGGACUCAAACGCUGUUCCGCUUCCUGAACCAGGUACAGACUUUACCCGCUGACCCAGCAGUCCACACAGAACACCUGCCUUCCUCACAAGGUUGGAACACCGGUUGGAUUUGUCCACCCUUCCUGGAGACCUGGAUAGUAACAGGCUCAUGGCUCUGUUCUGGAGAUUCACUGAAGCUCUGGUGCCACCUGCUGGAGGAAGUCUGGUUAUUAGGCUAUGCAAUUGAUAAAAUCUUGUAAGAACUGUUCAAUGUAUUUCUCUCAAUUUGGACUUUUCAGAAGACGUUGUUAGACAAGUGGAAACCGGCCAUCUUAAUUAGCGUGCACGGAGGGGUGCAGACGAAACCAAGCAAAAUAAAGUGCUGACGGGUGAUUGAUUAAUA